CAAAAAUUCUAGAUUGAAAAAGUGACUUUCUAAAACCGAAGGAGCGAGUUACUUUCACCAAACCAAAGUCUGUUAACGUCAAGGAUGAUUUUGCUAGGGUUUUUAAUUAAUUGUCCUUGCAAAGGACCUCACUACCAAAACACGAUUAAACCCGUACCAUAGGAAGGAAUGAAGUAGAUGCAAAAGCACAAAGGGAAGCAAAGAAAUUUUGAUUGGGAGAAAGAAAAUAUAAGAUGGGGAGUUCAUCAUCAGAUGAAUUUUCGGUGGUGGUACUGGCUUCAGAUUUGGGAAUAGAUGCGCGUCCUUUUCUGUCAGAAAUACAAGAAGAACAAGAACCAGAUGAACAGUGGCACGAUUGUGCCCAGUACCUCUCUUCUGAUGAAGACUUCUCAGAUCUCGAUGUCCUUCAAUUCUUUUCCCUCCAAGGCUCUGAUAAAUCCGGAAACCGCAUUUUUCGCAUCGUGGGAAAGUAUUUUCCCGCUCCAGUUCUGAGUGGGGAGCGGUUGAAGAAGUAUAUUUUCCACAAAAUAUGCAGUGAAUUGCCAGAGGGGCCUUUUUGCAUUGUUUACAUGCAUAGUACUGUGCAAAAGGAGGACAAUUACCCUGGCCUCACUAUCUUGAGGUGGAUUUAUGAAGACCUUCCUUCAAACAUUAAGGACAGGCUUCAAGUCAUGUACUUCCUUCACCCUGGGUUGUGGUCGAGGCUUGCCUUUGCCACUCUUGGCCGAUUAUUCUUAAGUGGAGGCUUAUAUUGGAAAAUCAAGUAUGUAAGCCGCCUUCAGUAUCUCUGGAAUGACAUAAAGAAGGGAGAGGUUGAGAUUCCUGAAAUUGUGCAAAGUCAUGAUGAUGUUCUUGAGCACAGACCAUUGACUGAUUAUGGCAUUGAACCUGAUCAUCUACACUUAACUGAGGCGCCUUCAAUGGGUCAUUCGUUUGGAAGGUAUGAAGAGAACUGGAAAUUGAGGGACCUCUAGUAGUUUUGCUAUUAUGUAGAGAGUUGAUUCCCAAUUAAUUGGGACAGAACAUUGUCUGUUGGGUUUAGUCGUGGUUAUAAACCACAAGCAUUGUACAGAAUAAUCCUAAUGUUCGGUUGUGUCUAGCUUUCUGCUUUUGAGCAAAACUGAACAAGUAUAUGUUGCAAGAUCUUGUAAUCCUGAAGGUACUUGUACAACUGUUUUAUAUAUACCUUUUUGGAGCUCUAGUUUGA